CCAGGUCUCCGAUACGUAUAUACACGAGUCAGCACGUUGUAAGAGGGUGACAAUGCAACCUUAAGCCAUACUUGAUGAGAUUAGCAAGAUUAUUGGCUUGACUAUUUUUUUUGUUUGUUUUUUCACGUCAGACAUAAUAGCUGCCACAGACGGCUGAUUAUCAGAUGAUUAAAAGCCCGUACUUGCCCAUCACAAGCCCAUACGUUUACGAAUUGCAAAUCAGUUUCAAUGCCAUUCCGAAAGCCAUCCUCGUUCACUGGCAACGAUCUCGACAUUCCUGCUCGGGAAGCUUUUGCCAUCACCACCGCCUGUUUCAGUGUGUCCCGUCACCAUGGUAUUGUUUCAACCCUGAUACUCUUGGUCUGACCGCGGUAAACCCUAACCCUAUUGUACCAUGUAGUCUAGUGUAUGGUUUAGUGUAUUCAGUAGAUAGUUUGUGCUCUAACGAUUUACUUACAGUUUGUGAAAGGAUCAAAAAACCCGUAACAAAAUCAUCCCGUUGUUUUUCUGCUACUCCUUUUUUCCCCUGCCAUUUUUUAGAAAUCACUUCUUUUCUUCUUUAAGUGAGUGUUACCCCGUCGUCCACAGUGAUCGGUUUAGUUUUAUACCCGGGUAUCAUAGGAUCCAAUUGUUUAAUAGAGAAAGAAAGAAAAGCCCGUUCAAAUCCGCCAAAUUU